GACCUUGCUGUAUCGGUCAAGAAAAUGUCUGAUCACUCUGACAAUAUGUUGGAGAUGGACCAAGGCACCAACGGAAAAACGGUCAAGAAGCGUCGACUUGUGUCUGCUGCAGAGUAUCAUUCCAGAUCAGGAUCUCAGGAGCGCAAAAAAUCCGAAGACAAAAUGAACGAUUUGCCUCACGCACCGAAGCCAAAGGCAGAGCGAAAGCUACCUCAAGCUUUAGCAGGUGGAUUUGAUAUCUUUAAUAUUUCUCCAAUUCCGCAGCGCAAACCUUUGCCACCGACUAUCAAGACCUCACCUGUGCCAAAGAAACAGUCAGCUGAAAGCCCCAGUGAGGCAAUGGAUUUGAAAAAGGUCAAGAAGGAAAUAGAAGAAGUUACCAUACCUAUGCCCAAGAAGAAGUUUUGGCCAUCACUAUCUCAUGCUAUACAAUAUCUGCCGUUGUACACUGUUCAACUUCAAGAGAUUGGAUCGCCCAAUGAAGAGCGAGCUUUGUAUGUGGUUGAUCUCCAAGUACGGCUACUUUUAGGCAGCAACAAUUUAUUUCAACAAUACCCUCAGCUUGAAAGACGUUUGGUCACGGCACGAGAAAAGGAGCGUCUAUGGUCGCCUUUAGCAUUCAUGGUAUCUGAGAAAUGCGCUCAAGCCGUCAAGGCUGGUCAUACUGGCAAAGACAAGGAAGAUUUCAACAUCAAGGUGGAGAAAGGCAGUGCGAUUGAUAUUGCACGAACUAAAGAGCAAGAAAAACAACGGUUCUUACAAACGGAGCUAUACUUUAUUAGACUCGAGCAAACGAUCUCCAUCAUCAAAAGUGAUUACUCUCAUCUUAGCAAUAAUUUGAUCACAAUUACUUUGGAUAUCGGGUAUUCACCUAACCGUGAACUAUCUCAUGACAAGCUUACAUAUCCAUCUACUAUACCAAAUGAAGCAGACGAACCUACUUCAAAAUCUGUCAAAUCGAACUCUACCCUUCCAACGUCUACCAACAUACCACAACAUGCUUCUACUCCAUUGCCCAUCAAGCGACCAGCCUAUGGCCUUCCUGCCAAGUUUGCUAUGAAGAUGCAAAAGUGUGGGCUGGGUCACAAGCGCGAUGUGUCAAAGUAGUUCAGA